AGAGGUCCGCAGGUUAUGGGGACAGCAACCUAGAGGACUGUAUAGCUGAGCAUGACAUAGAGAGACAGAGAGAGAAGAGAACAGAAGGGAAAGGCUUGGAGGGGAACUCACUACCACCACCUCUGUCCACAGCUGAGUCUGUUAGCUACCCAGCUAUACAGCCAUGUUUGGCAAAUUGAAGAGGAUGUUUAUCCCCCAACCCCCAGCAGCCCCGGUCUCUGCUCCAGCCCCGGCCUCUGCCUCAGCCGCGGCCUCUGCCCCAGCCGCGGUCUCUUCCCCAACCGCGGCCCCUGCCCCAGCCGCGGCCCCUAUUCCAGCCCCGGCCACAGACCCAGCUCCUGCACCUGCUAAGCAGGAACAUAAGCCUGCAGAUAAAGAAAAUGGGGCCAAGAAAGAGGAUAAACCAGCAGAGCCUGCACAUAACCCAGCCCCGGCCUCAGCCACUUCCCCAGCAUCAGCUGCGGCUCCAGCUGCAGCCCCAGCCACUACCCCAGCCCCGGCCACUGCCCCAGCAUCUGCUGCGGCUCCAGCUGCAGCCCCAGCCGCUACCCCAGCCAACCCUGGCCAGGAGGAAGCAGAGGGAGAAGAAGUUCCCCCUCCUCCACCACCUCCUAUAGUGGUAAAUAGGUACUCUGAUGAUCAGCUCCGGGUCAUAGUGAAGAGGAUGAGAGAGAGAACAGAAAUAUACAGAGAGAAGCUCAUGGACCCACACGCAUCCUCACCUGAAUUCAGCCCUCCAGUCACUCCCAUUUAUCGAAAAAAGGAUUAUGAAAUAUUAAUGAACGAGAGGCUAAUAAAAGAAGAGCAAGAUAGGAUAAAGAAAGAAGGGGAAGACUUACAAAAGAAAGAGGCGGCAGAGAAGAAAAAGCAGGAGAUGGCGGAGAAGAAAGCGGCAGAGCAAAAAGCGAAAGAUGAAGCAAAAGCAUUGGAGCCUGUGGUCAAACCAACUGUCGGCCAGGAAGUUGCUGCCUUCCUUGACAGGAGGCUAAAACCCAUCGAGGAUGCGAUGGACUCAGUGCUGCCAUCCACCAUAGAUCCAUUCUCAGAUCGCGCGUACAUCGCGUGGCUCACUCUGGUGACUCUGGCCUUCAACUACAACACCUGGUUCAUGACGGCUCGUCUGUGUUUCCCCUACCACACCCCAGAGUGGAUCCCUUACUGGAUAACCAUGGACCUUGUGGCUGAUUUCAUCUAUCUCAUUGACUCAAUCUUCUUCCAGGCCCGCAAGCAGUUCGUCAAAGGAGGGGACGUCGUUAAAGACAGGAUUAUAACCAAAGCGUACUACAGAAACUCUGAGAGAUUUAAGAUGGACAUGAUAGCAAUGGCACCCAUAGACUUGCUAUGCUUCCAUUUCGGGUACAAAUCCAUCUUCAGAUUCAAUCGAAUGAUAAAGGUGGACACAUUCUUUGAGUUCAGUGAUCGUCUGGAGAGCCUCAUGUCCAAGGCCUACAUUUGGAGAGUGGUCCGCACCAUUGGCUACCUGCUCUUCAUGCUCCACCUCAAUGCCUGCGCCUACUACGUGGCCUCGGCCUACCAGGGCAUCGGCAAGACCACAUGGGUCUACACUGGCAAAGGCAGCGCGUACUUGCGUUGUUACUAUUACGCAGUCCGCAGUCUGAUCAACAUCGGUGGUCUUCCAGAGCCCCACACAGUCUUUGAGAUUACCUUUCAGUUGACAAACUUUUUCGUGGGUGUCUUCGUGUUCUCCAGUUUGAUUGGACAGAUGAGAGAUGUCAUUGGGGCAGCCACCACAGGCCAGACCUACUUUCGUUCCUCCAUGGACAACACUGUGUAUUAUAUGGUGUCAAAUAACAUCCCCAAACUGUGCCAGAACAGAAUACGCACCUGGUACAACUACACCUGGGACGCACAGGGCAUGCUGGAUGAGUCUGAGCUGCUGGAGCAGAUGCCUCUCGUCAUGAGGACAGCCAUUGCUGUUGACAUCAACCUGGCUACCUUCCAGAAAAUUGAUCUAUUUAAGGGUUGUGAUAACCAGAUGUUGGUAGACAUGUUGCUGAGGCUUAAGUCUAUUAUAUAUCUACCUGGGGACUUUGUGGUGCAGAAGGGAGAUAUUGGUAAAGAGAUGUACAUAAUCAAGUCUGGAGCAGUACAGGUGGUUGGUGGACCAGAUAACUCCAUCGUGUUCGUUACACUGAAGGCCGGCUGUGUGUUUGGAGAAAUCAGUCUGUUGCAAUCGUCUAAAGAUGGCGGGAACAGGAGGACAGCUAAUGUCAAAGCUCACGGCUUUGCUAACCUGUCCGUCCUGGAAAAGAAGGAUCUCUUUGAAAUUCUGGUCCACUACCCAAUGGCUCAGAAGGUUCUAGCCAGGAAAGGAAAGAAACUGAUGAAGGCUAAGGGUCCAGCUGCUGCUAAGGCUGUUGAAGAUAAAAAGAAAGGACUGGCGCUGUUCGGACCCAAACCCCCCACUCCUAAAAUGCUGCGUGUCUUUGGGGGCAGCAAAGGCUUUUUGGAGAAACUCAAGCAUGCCACUCAAAACCAUAAAGAUUGAGAAUAUCAUCGUAUCGUCUGCAUCGUUUCUCAUAUGUAUUACUUUUGUGGUGAAUUUACAGUGCAUUAUUGUUCAAUCCCCUCUUUACUCACAGCUAAAUGAACAGUAUGUGAGUGUGUGUACAGAACACUAUUUUGAGGGAUUUGUGUAAGAGGGAUACAACUACCCUCUCGCAUACUAUCCUUUAGAAUUGUUUAAUCUUUCAAAAACUUUAUUAAGAUGUGCAAUAAUUAAAGAAAAGACAAAGUGAUCAUUUUUCAUUUCAUAUCAAUUAUAAAUUAUAUUUCAGGUUUAGAAACUGUUAUUUUUGUGACCAAUCACGAUUUGUAUUUGCCAAUACACAACUCAUGUAGUUUGUGGUGACAGUUAUGGAUGCAGUGCCAAUCAAAGGAUUUAUUUUUCCGUGUAACGGGUGAGUAACAGUUUAGCUACGAAACAAGCUACUUAAGUGACAUUUAAUACGAUCUGUCUGCUUUGUAAGAUACACAUUUACCUAAAUAAAUAAAUUCUCAUUUACUAACAA